AACGUUAAUUUGAGCUUAUCUCUUCUUCUUCUUCUCCACUCGAGGAAAAAACCAAAUAUCCACUCCCCCUUUCUUCAGUUCCACAUAAUAACUAUAUAAAUCAAUUAAAGACCAGUUCAUCAAGCCACCAAAAUUAAAGCCUCUAGCCUCACAACUCAGCACAAAGCGUCAUCAGAAAUGGUGGCUGAAGCUUCUACCGCUCAAUUCCCCAUCAAGACGGUGGUGGUUCUAGUUCAAGAGAACCGCUCCUUCGAUCACAUACUUGGCUGGUUCAAAACCCUAAACCCAGAAAUUGAUGGGGUCACCGGAACCGAAUCCAACCCGAUUUCCACCUCCGAUCCGAACUCUACCAAGGUUUACUUCCGUGACACCUCAGCCUUCGUUGACCCUGAUCCGGACCACUCGUUUCAGGCUAUAUACGAGCAGGUCUCCGGUAAUCCAUGGAACACAUCGGACCCAAUUCCUGAUCCCGAGAUAACCAUGAACGGUUUUGCGCAAAACGCAGAGCGCAGGCAGCAAGGGUUGUCGGAUACGGUCAUGAACGGCUUGAAACCCGACAUGGUGCCGGUGUUCAAGGAGUUGGUGGCAGAGUUCGCGGUGUGCGACCGGUGGUUCGCGUCAUUGCCGGCGGCGACACAGCCGAACAGGCUGUACGUGCACUCUGCUACUUCACAUGGAGCCACGGGCAACGACACGAAGCAGCUGAUAGAUGGGUAUCCUCAGAAGACAAUAUUUGACUCUUUGGAAGAGAACGAAUUUAGCUUCGGAAUUUACUAUCAGUCUUUUCCGGCCACCGCCUUCUACAGGAACCUUAGACAAUUGAAGUACUUAGACAACUUCCAUCAGUACGAUCUUCACUUCAAGAAUCACUGUGAGAAAGGAAAGCUACCAAACUACGUGGUGAUUGAGCCAAGAUAUUUCGAUAUACUAACAGCAGCGGCGAACGAUGAUCAUCCCUCCCACGAUGUAUCUGAGGGUCAGAAAUUUGUGAAAGAAAUCUACGAGGCACUAAGAAAAAGUCCACAAUGGAAUGAAAUCCUAUUCCUUAUUGUAUACGAUGAGCAUGGUGGCUUCUAUGACCAUGUCCCCACACCCACAGGUGUACCCAGCCCUGAUGACAUCGUUGGUCCUGCACCAUAUAACUUUAAGUUUGAUCAGCUUGGUGUUAGAGUUCCUGCCAUAAUAGUUUCUCCUUGGAUUGAACGCGGAACAGUGUUGCACGGGCCAUCAGGACCAUUCCCUUCCUCAGAGUUUGAGCAUUCCUCUAUUCCAGCAACUGUUAAGAAGAUUUUCAAUCUAAAAGAGUUCCUAACAAAACGUGAUGCGUGGGCUGGAACUUUUGAGAGUGUUGUCAGUAGAAGCAGUCCGAGAGCAGAUUGUCCAGUUACAUUGCCUGAACCUGUCAAAAUGCGUGAUUUUGAUGCGAAAGAAGACUCAAAGCUGAGUGAUUUUCAAGAGGAAUUGGUUCAAACUGCAGCAACAUUAACUGGAGAUCAUAAGAAAGACAUUUAUCCCUUCAAAAUUGUGGAGAACAUGACAGUAUCCGUAGGGCACAAAUAUGUUGAAGAUGCAUUCAACAAAUUUUGCGAAGAAGGCAAGAAAGCAAAAGGCGGUGGCGAGGCAGACAAUGGAGUCGCUUCUGGAGAUGCUACUACCGGCCGAAUAACGUCUAAAUCUUUUCUUCAGAAGCUGUUCUCUUGUUUGGUUUGUGAUCACUGAUAAAGCCUUGGUGUUAAUUAUUUCUUUUAAAGUUUUUCUCAAAUUUAUUUCGUAUGAAUGCAGACUUUUGGUGGAUUUUUUUUCUUCUAAUCCAAUGAAAUAAGUUAUUUGUU